UACUCUGCAUAUAAACAAAGCGAAACUACACAGCCCGUGUAUCAACUGCCAGGAGGAAAUAAUCGUGUAAAUGAAAAUAACCCAAGUCCUUUCCACUAAUCCCUGUCCAUCCUUUUUUAUCUCAGGCUUCGGAACGACGUUAAAACCAAUAUGCGGCACGGAGAUAGCAGGACCCACACAUGAUGCAUAGCAGGCUCGGAAUAACAAAUAAACAGUACUUUUGUUAUUUGUCAAAUUAUCUUGUAGUUUAGUUUGAUAGUAUAUUUGAUAGUGAAGUUUCGGAGAGAAAAUGUUUCCAGGUUUUAGUCUGGGUUUCUGUUUGGCAUUACUUUUCCUCGGACGGUUUGUUUGCAGCGCGUGUCUGUCUCAAUGUAGCUGCUUCUUUCACAAAUUAUCAGACGGAUCCAACGCAAGGAGUGUCAUUUGUAAUGACCCAGAGAUCACGCUGGUCCCACCCAACUUUCCCGCAGACACCUUGAAACUGCGGAUCGAGAAGACUGCCAUCACAAGGAUUUCCAGCGAAACCUUUCACUACCUCAACAGUCUGGAAUUUCUCUGGAUGUCUUUCAAUUCUCUGAACUCUUUAAAUGUAGACAGCUUCCGUGGCCUGAGAAGUCUGGAUGAGCUGAGACUGGAAGGGAACGCUCUCACCUCUUUCCCCUGGGAAUCUCUGACUGAUAUGCCCGACCUCAGGCUACUGGACCUGCAUAAUAAUAAGAUAUCGUCGAUCCCGGCCGAGGCCACCAGCUAUAUCAAGAACCUGACCUACCUGGACGUAUCUAGCAACAGCCUGGUCACUGUACCUCCUGAGGUUCUCUCUACGUGGUUAUCUGUGAAACCAUCUCAAGGAGAUGGGGAAAGUUCCAAAUAUAUUCUAGGUCUCCAUGACAACCCGUGGCUGUGCGACUGCCGGCUCUAUGACGUGGUCCAGUUCCAGAAGUCUCCAUCGUCCUCCGUGGCUCUGAUCGACACCAGGCUGCGCUGCGCUGACCCAGAGAGCCUGUCGGGGGUGCUGUUCAGCGAGACGGAGCUCCAGAGGUGCCAGGAGCCCCGGGUCCACACGGCUGUGGCCCGGGUCAGGAGCUCCCUGGGGAACAACGUCCUGCUGCGCUGUGGGACCAUCGGAGUCCCCAUCCCAGAGCUGUCCUGGACCCGGGCAGAUGGCAAACAGAUGAACGGCACUGUUCAGGAAGAAGUUUCAAAGGAGGGAAUCAUUUGGUCCCUCCUGAGUGUGCGUGCUGUCUCUUACAGGGACUCUGGGAAAUACAUCUGCAAAGCGACGAACUUCGUGGGGACUGCAGAUGCCAUCAUCUCCCUGGUUAUCACAGACUCCUUUAAAAAUGAUGAACAAGGUGGCAGCUCCAAGACUAGAAACCAAAGGGGACGGAAAACCGGUGGGUUUGGGAAAGCUGCCUACCAGGAUAAACUCGUUACAAAAUACAUACCUCCACCAACCACCACGGCGGCCACGCCCAUCAUCGAACCACUAGGACCAGGCGGUUUCACAGGAAAGCAUAAUAUCGAGAGCUACAGUAUUUCGCGCAGCGUGGCUGACGGACAGACGCCCAGUCCUCCCAUCACGGAGACAGCGAUGCAGGAAGUGGAGAAGGAGAUCCUUAGCAACCUGGCAGCCAACGCCUCUUCUUUACAGGCGCCGGCGCCGCCGGAGAAACGGGUGGUGCGAUCGGUGAAGGUAAUCGGGGACACCGACCACACCGUCUCCCUGAACUGGCGGGCCACGGCGGCCAAGAACACUACAGAGUUCAGCGUCCUGUACGCCGUGUUUGGCGAGAGGGACAUGCGGAGGAUCAACGUCGGUGCGGGAAAGAACCGGAUCACCAUCGAGGGCCUUGUGCCAAGGACAAAGUACAUCGCCUGCGUCUGCGUCAAAGGCCUGAUCCCAAAAAAGGAGCAGUGCGUAAUCUUCUCAACGGACGAGGCGGCCAGCGCUAGCGGCACCCAGAAGCUCAUUAACGUGGUGGUGAUCACCGUGGCCUGCGUGAUCGCUGUCCCCCUGACGUUGAUCGUCUGCUGCGGGGCGCUCAAGAAGCGUUGUAAAAAGCUACUGGAGAGGAAAUCCAAAGAUAUCCAAGAAUCAUAUGUGACAUUCGAGACCCUCUCCCCAGGACAGAAGCCUAACGGGAUGGAGGGGGAGUACCUUGCCAGGCGACAGCCAGAUGAGUCCAACAGACUGCUCUCUGCUAGGUCCAGUGUGGGCUCUGAGGCCACUUGCAGGACUGAGGGACCGCCUAACGAGUACUUUUGUUGAUACCAAAUGAUGGCCUCAACCUUUAUAGGGCAGAGAAAGUCUGUCCUUUCCAAGCACAACUUAAAGAUGCGUUAUAAAGGUUUUGUAGAAUUUCAGCCAGUAGUUGACAGCAGCGUGAGUGAAACUGCUCAGAGACUGGACAGAACUAGAAGGACAGUUGCAUGGACACUUUUUGCCUUUGGAUAAAACAUGUGUGGUGAAUAUGUAAGUUUAGAUAAAUAGGAUAAAUAAAUGUACAGCCUUGUGGGAAUAAAGGCCACCCUUGACCCUUGACCUGGUGAACUGUACAAAAAUAAAGAAAAAAGAAAAUGUUGAUUUCAUUGUACACAUAAAUUAUUUCUGAUCUGCAAAGAAACAUUUUAUAUUUGUCAUGCACCUUUUUAAGGGGGUUAUUUAACUUUUUCAAAAUUCCCAGGUUUUCCAGAAAUUCUGUGUGGAAGAUUCCCAGAAUCAGAAUGGAAUAGGAAACCCUAAAUGAUUCUACUAGAAUCUUCUUAAUAAAGGUUUGCAAAUAGAAAGAGUAAUGACAGAGUUAUUCUGAAAUAAAUCUGACCUCAGAAUUCUGGCACAGUUGUUAUUUGACAAAAUAAUGUAUUUGUAAAGUAUUGUUGAAGCAGAACUCAAUAUCUGUAGUGAUGUUUUAGACUUCUGUGUAUUUACCAUAUACAGUGAGGGGGGAAAAAGUAUUUGAUCCCCUGCUGAUUUUGUAAGUU